AUGAUUCCAAGCUGUUGGUCUUCGAUUUUCGCGCCAAUCACAAUGGUUUUCUCGAGUUUUUUCGAAGAAACAUCCCAAAUUUUCACAGAUUUGUCAGCUGACGCUGUGGCGAUUCUGGCGCCGUCUGGAGACCAGGAGAGACCAAAGAUUGUCCCAGAAUGGGCGACUCCUUUGACGUCUUCGAGAACUCCGACCUUCUCGCCGUCGGCUCCGUUUCAAUUUCUUCUCACUGACACUCUUGAACUUGAACGGCGGUCCCUCGAAAAUCGCCACCGAGUUAUCGUCGGAUCCCGAGACGAUUCUGAAAGGCCGUGUCGGCUUGAAAUCCACAGAGUUCAUCGUCCGACUCUGUCCCGUCAGACUUCCAUUCGAAGUCGUCGUAUCGAGCAGGAAGACGUGUCCGAAUCGUUCUCUUCCCUCUCCAACAGCGGCGAUUCGUUUGCUCUCGGCAUCCCACGCGAUGUCUUUCACUGGACCGGAGAAAACUGGAAUGGUGUGUUUCAAGAUGUGAGUAGAUUGAGUCGUGUCCCAGAUUCGGACAUUUCCUUGAAUAUCGCCGGAUGCACAGUAGAAACCGGUCGGCGACGUCUUCGCGACGGUCGUCUGAUGCGCGUGCUCGGUGUAAAUGUCGGCGGUGUUGAGGGUGUCCAGUGGAAUUGUGUAGACCGAGUUGCCGUUGCAAUAUUGGAUUUUUUGGCCGCAAGGUGUGGUUCCUGA